AUGUCGGUCAGUCAGCUUGAUCCUACUCUGUUAACACUUACCCCUUCAAGUGACCGUUUGGGACCCCCUCCCCCUGGGAGUCAGACAAGUGGGCCCGAUGUGACAGGCCUCACCCUUGCUUCUAACCUUUCGAAUGUCUCUGGCACUCAAUCCCCUCAUCUCAACACACCUGCUGAAGGGGCGACUGGGAAGAAGAAAAGAUACCGCCGUACCCAGAAGGAAAUGGCUGCGUUUCGCUCAGAGCAGGCCCAUCUUAAGAAGCUCAAGGCCCUCGAGAAAGCAAAGGAGAAGCGAGCAAAAAGUCGUGGUCGUGGUGGUCCAUCUCGUCGUUCAACCCACACCUCAGCCUCCGAACAAACACAGGCCAAUUCCAAUCAACCAUCAGCACCGGUCGCUUCGCAACCAUUGGUCCCGGACGCCAACCCUCCGUUCGACACUUAUGACUAUGAGAACGUGUGUUCCUACCUUGAAGAGGAAGCGAACUAUACUCGGCUCUAUGGCGAUGGAUCGAAGACGUCGGUUGGGAAGAGUAAGGUUACAAAGGGAGCGGCCUAUGACAUGUUUGCGAUCUUCAUCAACAGCAGUUCAAACAAUCGCCUUCGUCUGACUGGGAGCCAACUUCGCCAACGGAUCGAUGGGUACAAAAAACAAUUCAUCAAAGCCAAAGACUUUGCGGACAAUACCGGGGCCGGUAUUGAAGAAGGUGAUGGCCUACCGACCCUUGCCGAGCUGCUCGAGAAGAAAUGCCCGUGUUACGAUCGGAUGUACGCGAUCUUUGGCGGGAAGGCGAAUGUUACCCCAUUGGCUCAGUAUGACUCCGGGGUGGGUGCCAACCUAUAUGGAGAUUCACCGAACCUGAGGGAAGUUGAGGAUCCAACUGGGUCCCCUGAGGUCUUCUUCUCCGGAUGGGAAGAGAGCGACGUUGAUCAACCUCCUUCGGGGGCAAACACCCCUGCCGCCGGGCUGGAUUUCAACCGCUGUCGAAGCGCUAUCGAUCGCCUCGGAAUCGUUAAUUUACCAAACUCGGAUGGGGAGGGGGACCUGGACGAUGAUCUGCUCCCCCCUCCCCUGGACUUCAGUGGAACAGCGAUGGAUCCCUCACCUAGCCUGAUGACUCAACGGUCGAUGACUCGUGCAACUCAAGGAUCUGCUAACCCAGCCGCCAAUGGAGGAGUUUUGGUCCCCUCGGCCUCCCAGUUAAGCACUCCUGACCCAGGAUGUCCUUCUCCAUCAAACGGUGUUAGUACCGGCCGCCGCCCGUUCCCUAAUCAGCGAUCCAUGGAUGCCAGCCCCGCCGGACCGGUCCAAGAGGGGAAUGGGAAAGCAAAAUCGACCUUGGCUAGUGCUUUCGAGAGCUCAAACUCGGAGAAAUUCGCCUAUCUGAAAGCGCACAUGGCGUGGGAGAAGGAGAAGGAGGACAAACGACUUGCGUGGGAGAAGGAACGUUAUGAUAAGGAGGCGAAAAGGGCUACCGAAGGAGCUCAAGGACUAGCCAAACUGGCUGAAUCAAAGUUGAACGCCGCUCAAGCGUGGAUCAAUCAAGGCAAAUCGUCCAGCGAGGUGGACCUCCUAUUGAAGGCCAUCUAUGGAUAA